UAAUAUAAAGAAAAGUUAUCCAAGGGUAGCGCACUCCGACGAGGAUCAUAGAAAUCGAGAUCCACAUUUGCAAACCCUAAACCGUCUGCUAUAAAUUUACUUUAGAAAGGCGACUUCACUUCCAAAUUCAGUCUGACUGAAACUGAAAAAGUGCCAGCAAAAGUCGUUCCAGACGACGCCGUAUCGAUUCAAGAGGGCGGAAAAUGGAUCGUUACCAGAAAGUGGAGAAGCCGAGGACGGAGACAGCUAUAAGUGAGAAUGAGCUCAGAAUAACUGCUCAAGGAAGAGUCAGGAAUUACAUUUCUUAUGCUAUUUCUCUUCUUCAGGACAAAGGUGCCAAUGAGAUUAUUCUCAAGGCCACCGGCAGAGCAAUUAACAAGACUGUGAUGAUUGCUGAGUUGCUUAAGAGAAGGAUUGUUGGUCUCCACCAAAAUACUUCAACCGGGUCUAUUGACAUAACCGACACAUGGGAGCCUCUAGAAGAAGGGCUUCUUCCAUUAGAGACUACCCGUCAAAUUUCGGUUAUCACAAUUAUUUUGUCUAAGAAGGAGCUGGAUUCAUCUUCCCUAGGAUACCAACCACCAAUCUCAGCUGAUCAACUGAAGCCAUUAACUGAAUAUGAAGAUGGAGAUGCUGUACCUGGCAUGCAAGCCAGGGUACGUCGUGAUCAAGUUCAAGGAAAGAACGGAGGUACUGGCAGUGGUGUAGCUGAAUAUGGUAAUGGACAUUGGGAUAGUGGAAAUGAAUAUGGAGGCCAAGGUCGAGGUUAUGCAAGAGGACGCAGUUCCCAUGGACGUGGAAGGUGGCGUGGUGGUGGAAACAUGCAGCUUGAUUCAGGAUAUAAUAAUGGUUAUAGUGGAUCAGGAUUCUUCCCUGCUCAAGGACGUGGGCGCAGUCAUGGUAGAGGAAGGGGCCGUGGUCGUAGGCAAGGUUUUAAAUCUAAUGGGCCAGUCGAAGUCCAAACAACUGCUUGAAUGCUAUACUUUGGAGGUACUACUUUGGUUUCUUGUGGAAAGUAGUAUUGGAUGCCUGUUCAGUACUUGAUCUUCCAAAGUUAAAUGAACUUUUAGACCCUAAUUAUUUAUGGCUGGGAUUAGCUAUUUAUAAUUUGCGAUAGAUUUGGCAAAUUUGAUGUUCUGUACGUUACAAUUUUGUAGGAAGUAAUAGAUAGGAUUGUGAAGUUAUCACUAGUCCUUAUUUAAUGUUGUAUAAUUUCUUGAGUUUUUUCUUUUUUUGAAAUGUCAGAAAUUUCUAUGAAUAAUAGAGCAGUGCAUUCUUUGAUUAUGAA